AUGAAGCAUGGGCAGGAGCUCAAGACGCUAGCCCACCAACGACAAGAACAAUUCGUUAUUGCCCGACCAUACCUGGCGAACAUCACUUUCUUCCUGGAUGAAGUUGGUCAGUACAACACACUGCUGGAUCCUGGCUGCAACAUACUCACGAAACCCGCCAUCUUGAUACAGCCAGGAGCAUCAUUCGCUUUGCAGUCUCGCCUCCUCAUUACAUGCAGCAAGCACAUUCGCAUACACAGCUUCAUCGCUGCAGAAGACAGGUCCACUGAGACCAUUGGCGAAGCAAGAAAUCCGCUGGCGCUCCAAUCCUGCUGCCAUCAUCGCAAGCUGCCAGCUCCAAACUACGGUGCCGUGAUAGACGGUCCGUGGGCACAGACUGGAUCUCCACCAUAUUCGGGAUGUGCAAUGAAAAGGCGCAUGGAAUUCGUCGACCCCACGGGGUAUGGUCUGCGGAUGUUGGUCGCCGAGAUUCGUGCGCUGCCGAUACCAUACAGUAGCUGCGGUCUCGUCGGUGAUGUUGACGUCGGAUCGGCACAAGAUUUAGACUUUCCGACAUCAUUUGUCUGCCAAGCCGCAAUCUGCCGUCCACUAUUAAUAUUCACUCUUUCCUGCUGCGCUGCGCUGCGUCAUGCUGGACAACCACACAGCAAUAUUGGAGAUGCAAACGUCUUUGAUGAGCGCGAUAUCCGGGGUCCGUGCCUGGCAUUGACUUCAUCCAGCUCGCUUAUCUUUGCCCACGGGGAAUGGCGGCCAAGUUGGGUCGAUCCUGGCCGAAGCGGUUUAGCCUUAUCAAGAGUACUGCUGUCCACGAUCACACCUUCAACAAUCAUCAAGACGGCCAGCGACGGCCACAAUGCCUUCUCCAACAUGCCCGUUGUUGAGCAUCCGGCUGGCAUACAUCCGCUGAUGGAGCUUUCUUCACCCAACCAGAACCAGGGGAGGAAGUACAAGUCGAGGAAGGAGAGGCCAUGCGACGCUUGCAGACGGCGGAAAGUCUGCUGUAUCAGAGAGCCUGGCGAUGAUGCGUGCAGUCUCUGCCGCAUGCAGAACACUUCUUGCCGAUAUGACCAAGGACCAACGCCAAGACGACGGCGACGGCGACCUGCCUCAGCCGUGGCGGCAGCAACCCCUAGCGGAGAGAGCGACCAAACACCCCCUGGUCCGAUUCUGAUCCCGUCCAACACUGCGCCUCUGACUCCCUCGGUGAGCCAAGAGCAGGCUUCUGGAGAAUGGAUCUCUCAAUAUGUUGGUCUCUCCGGCGACCAAGAUCCUUACGUCCUCAGGCAUUCCAACUUCAAUAAGUCGAAUUAUUACAAGAGCGGUGACUGGGCAUGCUUGAGGGUACGAAGCGAUGGAAUCGUGCCAUCGAUAUUCACACUUGUCCCCGAGACUCAUCUGGAUGCUAGGCCCGCCCACUAUCCGCCCAGCAGUCUGCUUGAUGCCGCAUAUCCACUACACCAUGAGCUCUUGUCAACAUACUUCGAAGUUGUGCACACUUCAUUCCCACUACUGGAUCCCUCAAGAUUCGUGAAAGGCAACAAGAUCGAUCUACCACUGCUUGGCGCCAUGUACAGCCUGUCGAAGCCUUAUUGUUCAGCGGCUUCUGACUUGCCAUAUCAACCACUACAUUCAUUCGUGUUUCAGGCACUGCCAAUCGAAGCUCGCACGCCUCGGCUGGACUCCAUUGAGGCGCGUCUACUGUUCCUGCAGCGACACACCCAGAUUCAUCGUGCGCCGACGACUCCAGGCUUAUAUGCAGAGAUUGGAGAGCUGGUCGGUAUGUGCCACGAUGCUGGCUUAAAUGUCGACCCUUCCAAAUGGGACAUUUCUGCAGCCGAUAGGAGUCGGCGAAAACGUCUCUGGUGGGCCUUAUAUAUUUUUGACAAAUGGGCCGCCCUUGGACUCGGACGGCCUUCAUACAUCCAUGCAGAUGAUAGCAAUGUUGCAGUUCUAGGCAUCGAAGAUAUUCCGUCGUCGACAGUUGGCAAACACAGCCUACCGCGCACGUCUGCCCACAUGUUCGUCGCAAUGGCCGCACUGUCUCAGAUUCUAUCUGCUAUUCUAACGACUUUCUACACUCUUAAGGCUGCAGAUAAUAUGGCUCGUGUCACCGCAGCAGAUGUCGCCAACAUGAAGUCAUACUUUGAGCAGCAGCUAAAUGACUUUCAUGCUCGCUAUUUGGUUGCGUUGCAGAACGUCGUUGACCAGCAGAUCCACCAUGGCAUUCGAUCUGAUCGCAGAGCAGGCACCGUAUACCUUGCAUUUUACACUGCUGAGGUAGUCCUCUACCGAGCACUUCUUCGCUGUCUUCCUCCGACCGACCCGCUCUGCCAACAGGUCCGUCUGCAAUCAAAACAAGUCAUUACUGCCAUCUCGAAGCUUCUCGAAAAUCUCCAAGUCACCAGACUCCGAGCAUUUUGGUGGUCGCCUAUCUCUCGUAUCAACUUUGCGAUAGCGGGAGGAUUCAUGUUCUCAAUGCUCUUGUCGUCCAUCACCGAUGAAGACAUAGAUUACUGGUCGAAAGAAAUAACACGAUAUCGCCGACUACUUGAUAUGCAAAGUCUCUCGUUCGACACUACAAAGCUUGCUGCGGCGAGGAUAAGCGCCUUGGCCAACGUGAGUCAAGGAGGGCGUCCUCAAAGUGCAGGCGCUGGCACUCAACACACUCUGAAGAGUAUCAACAGGAUCUUCCACUGCCUCUCUCGAUACCAAUAUAAGGACGAGAUUGCUCCAGCAGGCUUUCUGUGUCUCUGCAGACCAAUCACAGCAAGCACGCUUGGCCAUCAGGCUUUCGCGCUGCCUGAGCUACGCAUCGAUCCCAGAGCCGUCGGGGAAGCAUAUCUUAUUGUUCUAAAUUUGUACUCUUUAUCAAGCUACCAGAAUGCCGUUCCGCGGCAUCAAGUCAGGCUGCUCGUCAUCGCGCAUAGCCCUCAGGUGAUAUGCUGGUCAGCUGAUACCAUUAGCUAA